AUGAUAUCACUGAUCCAGCUAUUAAAUGCAGGAAUCAUUCGAUCAUUGAAAGCUCGAUAUCGACGCAAGCUCGUUCGUUGGCUGCUUGAUGCCAUGCAUGCUGGUGUCAAUCGGAUAUUGAAUGUUUUGGAGGCUGUGCAGCUUGCGAUCGCCAAUUGGGGGAAAGUGACCGCUAAAGCAGGAGGACGUUUAUGGUCGCGCGUUGGAUGCGAGCGUGGAAGGAUUCUUGCUGAGCUGAUGACGGAGAUGCAUGAUGUGAUCGAACGAGUUGGAUUUGAUGCGGAUCAAGAGGGUGACAAUGACUCGGAGCCUAAAGCCCGAUACAACCAUCAGCGGCUCUUGCUUGCUAUGUCAAGCUUGCAGAGUUCAUAG